AUGUUAUUCUCUAGUCUAUUUCUAGCUUUGGUCGUUACGACCGCCGCCGCGGACUACGUUAUCAAGCCUGUACGGUUACAAGGAGAUGCACCAUAUUCCCAUAGAAGACUAUAUGGUAUACGGCGGUUAAAGGUUGUUCGGCCUUUGAUGGCACCAGCUGGUGGUGACUCGGCACGAGCUGCGUCGGUACGGCGGCAUCAGUCCAUCGACACCGAGGCUAGCACCUUUGUUCCCUACAUUCCACGAGCUCAAGUCCCUCCGAGAAUAAUCUCAGCUUCAAAAGCUUCGGAAUCGAAAGAAGUUACAACUAGCCGAUCUACAUACGGUACAACUGCUUCGCCAUAUAUAGCAAAGGCCCCGCGAUCAUUUGAAGAAUUCGAUGAAGAGCGAAGAAAGAGAAUCGAGGCUCGAUGGAAGCGGCUCGGGAUCAACAUGAAAACGAUACAGUAUCCAAUUCAAAGAGCAAGCCGAGAAAAAUCACUAGAGAUCGAUUAUGGCGUGCCAAGAGCCGUACCACCCCCAUCACAUUCGACAAAAUCCAUUGAAGAUGAAGAAGAAUCAAAGCAAGUGGAGAAUUUUAGCCCAAAGAAAGACGAUAUUCGAGUGCCAUCGUCGGAAAAUACUCGAAAAUCAGUCCCACUGCCGACUGACGAUAAAGACAUACAAGUAGAACCACCCCGACGUCCGCGAAUCCAUGGACCCAUCCUGGCCCCAUACACAACCUCAGGACAUGAAGAUGCUCAGAAGUCGGGUUACGGUAUCAGUGCGGGUGCGUCUGCGUCCGCAGCGCAGCGUUCUGCUGCGGGACGAUUCGACGCGGCUUUGCCGCCAGCUGCGCCAAUUCUGCCACGAUUUGCAUCGCCAAUGGCGACACCGACACCAAAUAGAGAAAAAUCCGUAGCCGAGAACUCCAUCCAAGAAGAUCCAAACCUGACGCCAUUCCAGAAUUCGGCACGAAAUCGAUUUAAAUACGGUAGUCAAGUAGGGAAUGGCGGCCCCAAACCAUAUACGCGAACAGUGAAACCACCGUCAACUACAGAGCCAGUAACGACUACAACUGAGACAACCACCACAACUACCACGACCACUACCGAAGUGCCAGUAACGGAAGAAUCUGAAGGCGAUGGUGGUGAUUCAGGAGCUAGCUUCGGCUCCGGUCCAUCUGAACUACCACCAGAGUUGGCAAACGUUGGCUUUGGCAUAGGCGGCAAUGGCAUCAAUUUUAACGUUCCUGCAGAAGGAGAAGCGAGGCAAGAUUCUGCCGAGAAAACGUCUGCAUCUUCCGAGAAAAGGGCGAGAAGGCCAAAACAGAGAAAGCAGCCUAAUCCGGAAGCGUUCAAAGAAGAGUUGGUCAUUCCACAGAACUCAGGCCUACGGCCUGUAGCACCACCGAAGGAGUUCCUUGAUGGAGGAGGAUUUGGUCCUGGUUCUUCUUCCAGUGGUGGAGGCGGUGGAAGCUUCGGAGGAGGAGGAAUCGGUGGAGGAAGCGGUGGCGGCAGUGGCGAUGAUAGCGACUCAGGAGCAGGUUUGGGAGGUGAUGGAAGUGCUGGAGGUGGUGGAGGAAGAGGGGGAGGUGGUGGCGGAAGAGCUAGAGGAAAAGCUGGCCGUGGACGAGGUGGUGGUGGAGGAGGUUCUGCUAUCUCAUCUGGAGCUGAAUCCGAACAACCUCCAGACCUAUUUACUGGUGACUCGGCACUUACACCAUCUCGUGGACCUACCGGCGAUGGUUACGGACCACCAAUCUUCCCUGGAGGUGCAGUGCCACCGCCCGUACCAGCAGUAGGUCUCGGUGGUGCGGCAGCAGGAAAAAGCCCCUAUGGGGCGCCACUUAUGGAAGCGACGGAAAACCCACCUACUACGGUCAAACCAUCAGCUCUCUUGAAUGUUUUGAAUAAAGCUGAUCAAGGAAUUAACCAAGCGAUCACGCAUUUUGAGCAAGGAAGUCCUUUAGAGACAGCGGCUAUAGACAUCUUGGAAGUAGCGUUGGGCUCUCAAAGGUUGGAUUCCCAAGCUAAGCUUUUGGGGCAUGUAGAUAGGGCCAUAGGAUUGGACAAUCUGCAACGGAUACAACGAUGGGCGAAUACAGCUGGUGCUAUGGAUGUGUUCAAAGAAGAGGUGGUGAAAUUCAUCAAGAACUUUGAACCACCUGAGGAUCUCCUUCCGACAAUACCUCCGCAACUCGAUUAUUUAUUUAAAACCUCAGGACGGUAGUCGGUCUUCCUGUCUUACUGUUAUGUUAUCCUACAAACCAACUCAUACACGGGAGUACCGCGUUGCAAGCCAGGAUGUUCAGGUCCAAUCGCUCUCUUACACUAUAAGCGCGCCAGUGAAGGCACAGUAUCGCGGUUCUAGAACUUUGAUCAUUGUCGUAUCGUUGUUUAGUUCUAGUGUAGUUGAUGCUAGUAAUUAUGUUAUUUAUUUGAUUAUUAUUUAUGAUAUACUUACAUGUAUGAACUUCGCGUCUUUCAAAAUAUCCAGUCUCGUCUUCGCUCUUUGCAUUUGAAGCUCUCCAAAGCUGCUUUGCUGCUGUUGUUGUACAGUCCGUUAUGAAACUUCUUGCCCCAACUGCUCACAUCACUUGCCAUUGUGAUUCUCGCU